CGGAUAUAAGGUCUCGUCAUCGGCGUCUUUCAAGGCCCUAUUUCGUGUUUUUUUUCUCUAGCAAAAUCUCUCAAGGAGAGAUAGGGAUCAACGGCUCUACAGUGCGUAGAGGGUGAGAAAGAGGAGAAACAGAGAUGGGAUUGAAGAAGGGAACGACAUUGUUGGAUGAUUUGAUAGAUAAAGCCGGAGGUUGUGCUGUCAUCGAUGGAGGUUUCGCGACACAGCUCGAAAGUCACGGCGCUGCCAUUAAUGACCCACUCUGGAGCGCUCUAUGCUUGAUCAAGGACCCUGAUCUCAUCCAGCGGGUUCAUUUCGAAUACCUGGAAGCUGGGGCAGAUAUCUUAGUUACUUCAUCUUAUCAGGCUACAAUUCCUGGGUUCCUUUCCAGAGGGCUAUCAACUGAAGAAGCAGAGUCAUUACUGCAGAAGAGCGUUAAAUUGGCUGUGGAAGCACGGGACAAAUUCUGGGAUGCCAAUGGAAAGGUCCCUGGGAAGAGCUAUAACCGAGCUCUGGUUGCAGCCUCUAUUGGUAGCUAUGGAGCUUACCUUGCGGAUGGUUCAGAAUACAGUGGAUGCUAUGGACCAGAUGUGAAUCUGAAUAAGCUGAAAGAUUUUCAUCGGCGCAGAUUGCAAGUUCUGGUUGAUGCAGGUCCAGACUUGCUUGCCUUUGAGACCAUUCCUAAUAAACUUGAAGCUCAGGCCUGUGCUGAGUUGCUUGAGGAAGAAAAUGUCCAAAUUCCAUCUUGGAUAUGCUUCAGUUCUGUAGACGGUGAGAAUGCUCCAUCAGGAGAGAGUUUCAAGGAAUGCAUUGAGAUAUUAAACAAGAGCAACAAAGUAAAUGCAGUUGGAAUAAAUUGUGCACCCCCUCAUUUUAUUGAAACUCUCAUCCGGAAAUUUAAGGAGCUAACUCAAAAGGCUAUAGUUGUUUAUCCAAAUAGUGGGGAGAUAUGGGAUGGAAGAGCUAAGAGAUGGCUGCCAUCACAGUGUUUUGGAGAUGACAAAUUUGAGAUAUUUGCAACAAGAUGGCACGAUGCAGGAGCUAAACUGAUUGGGGGCUGUUGCCGAACAACACCAUCCACAAUUAGAGCCAUUUCCAAGGUUCUGAGAGAAAGUUCAUGAUUGGUUAACAAGAGUCAUGGGAUUCAAAGCUUUACAGAUAACUUCAAAUCUCUUCCAGGCUUCCAGCCUCUGGUCAUUACAAGUUCAAUUUGUGCCCCAGUAUUUAUUGUAGUCCAUAGAUUAUUUUUCAU